AUGGGAACGAGUCAAUCGACACAACGUGCCGCCAAAUUUAGUGGAACAAGCCGAAGAUCGAUGAGGGCAUGCUCAGCUCCUUCAUCAGCAACUCCACUACGUCGUACAGCAUCGACAAACACAAAUCGAGCCGUAAAAGAGUUUAGUAAAUUCUGGACACAAGGCGGAUCUUUUCAGCCAAGAGCUAGUCAGAAAGGACGAAGAAGUCGACCGGGAAGCACGAGAAGGACAGCAAAUGGGGCAUCUAUUUCAAGGACACAAUCUAUUGAACGCAAGAAUCCGAAAGUGUUGACCCCGACGAGUACCCCCGCAACUUCAAGCCCUUUGCCACCACGAAAGGAACGACCAGCUACGGAUACUAGCUACAUUCCACCAGGAGCCUCAUUCCUGAAGCAAUCAUUUUCACCUACUUCAUCCCGAUCUCCACAAAGGGCAACUUCUUUUAAACAUACGACUAUGAGAAACUCAGUUCCAACAAAAGUUAGAAGUAAAGACUGUGAAACCAUCAUU